GCAGAGAAGGCUGGGGCUCAGGGGUGGGGUUGGAAAAUGCAGGAGGAAGGAGCAACAGCUUGAGCUCUGGGACUACAGUGGACAGAAAGUAAGAGCACGGAGUGCUCUCAAUGAAGGAGUGAGAAAGAGGAAGCCAGAAAGAGAGAUGAAAGGAAACAAGUCACAUCAAUCUACGUAAAGGAGGGCAUGCGGACAAGACGGACAUUGUAGUUCUACAGGAGCCGAGUGGAGAGGGAGAAAAGAGGGGGAAAGGAGAGAAAGAAAGGAGAGAGGCGCAUGAGGUAUUUUUAUAGGGCACAGACAGAGAUAUGAUAGCCUGCUUACAGAAGCGGUGUGCUUGGAAACGCUCAGAAAGAGAGCGAGCGGGAGAGAGAGAGAGAGGGUGGAAAAGGAGGGGGGAGUGAGUGAGACAGAAAGAUUAACCAGUCAGAAAGAGCGAGAGUGAGCAGUGAGGUACAAUCAGGGAGAAAUAGCAAGGGGGGGAGGAGGGUGCAUGAGAGGUAGAAAAAAUCAAAUGAAAGAGGGGAAAGGUGCCAAAACAAACAAAUGUGUCAGUGCGGAGUGAGGGACACUAGGAGAGAGGGAGAGAGAGAGAAGAGGAGAGGGCCAGCCAGAGGGCUUAGUAGGGGGAGAGAGGCAUGAGGGGACUGUUCUGCUUUAUGCUCACCCUGUCCAUCCUGGGGACUGUCCUGACUGCACUCGUCUGGUAUGUCUUCAGAGACCGAGCAAUGGUUGGUUUUUCCUCAAUGCUUGUUACUGUGGGUAUCUUAACUAAACCACUGACACACCCUGAUUAUGUGGUGGAAAAGAGAGCGAGAGAGAGAGAGAGAGAGAGAGAAACUUCUGUUUGUGCCCCAGCAGAGCUGAUGGAUUUCAGAAUAAGAGGACGGUGUUGAAAAGCAAUGUCCAACCUGGCAGACCCCCCCACAAAGAUCCUAUUAUGAACUCUGGGCCAGUCCCCUCCGGAACAUGCAAGGGCUGCAGGGAUACAGUUACUGAAAAAGUGGUGGAGCGCUACUCUCACAGCUGGAAGAAGCAGGAGGACAAGUUCAGAAAUUUCAGGUCUCUUCUGAGUAACAGAUGUCAUGGACUCACCAAGGCUAUGGUGACACAGGCCAACACUCCUCUGGGGUCAAAGGUUGUGUACGAUGGAGAGAAGAGGAAGCCUCUUCAGGUGACGCCUGAACUGUUCAGCACCUUUGCUAAGGAGAAUCCUUUUGUGAAUACGACAUGGGAUACGUGUUCUGUUGUUGGGAAUGGGGGAAUCCUAGCUAAUAGCAGCUGCGGAGAGAAAAUCGACUCCGCCCAGUUUGUUAUCAGGUGUAACCUCCCUCCUCUGGAGAACGGCUAUGAGAGAGACGUGGGCAACAAGACAGACCUGGUGACAGCUAAUCCCAGCAUCCUCAUGGAGAAAUAUGGGGGCCUGCAGGAGCGUCGUCGGCCCUUCGUGGAGAGCCUACGUAGCUAUGGCGACUCCCUGAUGCUCUUGCCAGCCUUCUCGUACGGCCCCAACACGCCCGUGUCUCUGCGGGCCCUCUACACCAUCCAAGACUUUGACAGCCCCUUGCGGCCCGUCUUCCUCAACCCAGAGUACCUACAGAGUCUGGCGCACUUCUGGCAGGGCCAGGGCCUGCGGACGGUACGCCUCAGCACAGGACUCAUCGUGGCUAGCCUGGCGCUGGAGCUGUGCGCCAACGUGCAUCUCUACGGGUUCUGGCCCUUUAAUGAACACCCCCACCGACACCAGCCCCUCACCAACCAUUACUACGACAACAGGCAGAGUAAGAAGACGGUGCACGCUAUGCCCGCUGAGUUUGACCACCUGCUAAGACUCCACAGCCAGGGCGUGCUCAGGAUACACCUGGGAGAGUGUGCGCCCGCGGCCAGGUAGGCCCCACCCCUUUACCGGAACUUUACCUACAGCUAGGACAGACACAACAGAGACAUAGGGCCCUCCUAUAGGCUCUCUCAGGAGUCUUACCCAGUCAUGCACUUAGCCAGUCAUGUCUUUGCUACCUGCCAGAUGGGAUGGCCCCGACUGGCCCAGAACACUCUGGUAUUCAGCACAGGGGCAUGUUUUAUGUGACGUAUGUCUGGUCACAGUGGAGGAGCAAUGGGGAGGCUGGGACAUUUAGUCGCCCCAGCAGCCGUUUGUAGAUUCUCAGUGUGAGAGUCUACAGAACAGGUUGAUCCGCAAUCAAAUAAUUUGUACUGUACCCAAAAUGGGUGUAAAUACAUGAAUUAUGCAUAUCAUCUACUGUAUAGAUUUACAAUGAUGUAUUUAUCAUCAAGUGUUCCAGCUGGAAUCUAGAGAAUGUUUUUGUUUUGUUGGACUUAAAUACAAAGUGUUUUGGAACAUGUAUGGUUUAGAUGAGGCCUUCCCAACUACAGAGGGGGUCAGUGUAGUGCCUAAUAUGACUCACCUUCCUGACUGUAGCAACAAACAAAAAACACAUGCGAGCCUUUACGAGUUAACUGAAUGUAUGGUUAUGUCAAUCUAAUACCUCCUGGAUUGGCCAAUCUUCAGCUGGACUGUUACUUUCAGAUUUAUAUUUAAUAUCAAUGAUGAUUAAAUGUGUUAUAUCUCAUUAUGACAUAGUGUAUAAUACAUUCAAUGUGGUACUGGGUCCUUCCAUGAAAUGAGUCCCUUUUGUGUCUCUUUGAUAUUUUAAGUAGAAAUUGUGCACCAAUAUUGAAUUUUAAAAGACUGUUAAAUUAAACGAAGUGUCCUUUAAUAUAGACCACAUGGAAAAUUCAAAAAAUCAUGUUUUUUUAAUAUGAAUAAAGACUUCUGAAUUUUA